CAGCUAGCGUAGAUAAACAUUUAAGACCAGACAAGCUGUGUCAUGCCCUAUAUAUAUGGUCAUGCUAUGUAGUGGCAUUUCACUACGACACAUUACAGUGUGACACCGUUUUAACAACGUGACCUUCUUUCUCCUAACAUUUGACAAGCACGAGCGCCGUGAUAAUUGGAAACAACUUUGGGACAAUUUAGGACACAAUAUGCAGAUGGCACUUUGAUGCUACAUUUGCAUGACGGUGGACAACGGAGAGAACCGCGUUGAUGACACUUUUUGUUCCGUUUAAAUUCUCAAAUUCACAGUGACAGUCUUCCUCGUUGUAGUACUUUUGAUACAGCUGCAGUUUGAUAUAUUUUAUCGCGAUGUUACGGCUCUUCACUAACCAGGGUUUUUAUGAACUCUGUAAAGUCCGUCAUUUUGUUGCGUCCUGUGUUACCAAGAGGCAAGUCAUCAAGGCUCAUCACCGACUAACGUUACACAUCCCUGCUCGCCUCUUCAAUACUGGGAUCCCAGUGUGGAACGACGCCCUCCAGCCAAAAAGAGAGAAAUCUGAGGAAAUGCGUACACUAGAUCUGGACAAAUGGAAAUCUGUAAUGAGAGCCCAAGCGGCAUCAGAAGAGAAACAACAAGUCAACGACGAAGAGGAAGCAAGUGAUGAAGAUGAAAACCUCAAAGAUCCAGGUGGUGAUUUAAAGGACAGUUCUUCACUGGAUGCCACUCGGGAUCUGGUUGCAAUGUGGCGGCAAGCUGGGAAGCUUGUACCUCAAGAGAUGACUGAAGAAGAGGUUCAGACGCUGGCAGGGCUCACCACCAAAUCCUCCAGGAAGAAGUACCUGAAGUACCUGGCCAUCAAGGAGGGCCACAAAAGGGCCCGUAAGGAGAAGCAGCAGCAGAGGAAGGCAGAGAGGGAAGCCUCAAUGGAGACGAGAAGAGGACGGGACAGUGAUGCAGAGGAAGAGAGGGGACCUGAACUUAAAAACACAUUGUUCCUCCAGUUCUGGGGGCGCACCCUGGACAAGCACCUGGCCUGGAGGAGCGCCCAGGCCAUGCUGUUCGAUCAGCCUCUGGUGUUUGACAUGAGCUAUGAGUCCAACAUGGCCAGGCGGGAGUUAGAGAACACAGUGUCCCAGCUGAUGGAGGUUGAAGGGUGGAAUCGGCGUGCCACCGAGCCUUACCACCUCCACUUUUGCAACCUGCAGGCAGAUGGGGCCUACCAGAACGAGCUGCUCAAACGAUACGGUGCAGAAGCCUGGGACCGCCUGCUCAUCACCAGCUCUGACCAACAGCAUGUGGAUCUGUUCCCCCGCGAACAGCUCGUAUACCUCACUGCAGAUUCCCCCAAUGUCCUCCGCAGGUACGACCACUCCAAGGUCUACAUCAUUGGAGCUCUAGUGGACAGGUCGAUCCAGUCAGGCUUGUCACUGGCCAACGCCAAGCGUCUGAACCUGGCCACAGCCCGUUUGCCACUGGAUGAGUUCCUUCACUGGGAGAUGGGAGCCAAAAAUCUGACUCUCGACCAGAUGAUCCGCAUCAUGCUCACUUUCAAGGAGACGGGGAAAUGGGAGGAGGCGUUGAAGUUCGUGCCUAAGAGGAAGUACGAUGGCUUCCACCAACAACAGACACAGAAAGAGAUUACCAAAAAGGUCAGGGGAGUCACAAAUCCCGGACCAAGACAAGAUGAAAGGUCUGUAAGAUCUGGAGAAAGAAAUAGUGAGAGGACAUUUAAGAAUCAGGGCCAAAGUCUUUACAGGUCCCAUAAAGAGGCUGGGUUCAGUAGUAGAGACAGAAUGGCUGCACUGUCCAGUGACAGAGAAAACAAACCAGCUGCAACCAGAGUACGGACAUCAUUCAAGAGCAACAUGGAGGGAAGAAAAGGUCCAGGCAAAGGCAAGAUGUGGUGGGGUGACGAGUGAAGUCAACAUUUUGUAACUUGGGAUAAAAA